AUGGAAGCGCCUCGGAUCGGGAACCCCUACCUGGAAGACCCCUUGCUCCAGGCUUACCUGAGAGCCCACCUACCUGCCCAGGUGUUUGCUGAGGUGAACAUUGACCUGGAACGGUUUGGAGAUCAUUUGAGAGAUGAAAUUGACUUCUUGGGCCGUGAGUGUGAGCUAAACCCUCCUAGAUUAUUGCAUUUUGAUGCCUGGGGACAGCGUGUGGACCAAGUGACCACCUGCCCAGCCUGGAAGAAGCUGAAAGACAUCUCUGCUGAGGAGAGCCUUGUGGCUGAAGGUUAUAAAAGGAGAUAUUCCUGUUGGAGUCGUGUUCAUCAGAUUGCCAAGAUAUAUCUUUUUGUGUCCUCUUCUGCUCUCUAUGGAUGCCCUCUAGCCAUGACUGAUGGAGCAGCAAAAGUAAUUGAGUCUUUAGGUAUCCCAAAACCCCUGGAAGAAGCCUAUGCUCAUUUGACCUCCUGUGACCCCAAGACAUUCUGGACCUCUGGCCAAUGGAUGACCGAACGCAAAGGCGGCUCUGACGUUGGAGGUGGAACAGAAACUGUUGCUCGGGAACUUCCAGAUGGCUCCUACAGCCUGCACGGUUUCAAAUGGUUCACAUCAGCCGCUGAUUCAGAUACGGCGCUGACCCUGGCAAGGAUCGUGGGCCCUGAUGGGCAGAUAAAACAGGGCUCCAGAGGCCUCUCUCUCUUCUACCUGAAGACAUACGAGGACGGGAAGCUGAAUGGCAUAAAAAUAGAGAGGCUGAAAGAGAAGCUGGGCACAAGGGCGGUGCCAACCGCAGAGCUGUUGCUGGAUGGAGCGCGAGCACAUCUGGUAGGAACCACGGUGGAAAGUAUUUCUGCUCCUCCGUUCACUGAGAGGAGCGCAGAGACGUUCCUGCUGGUGAUGGAGCUCGCGAGACUGCUUGGCCUGGAAGAAACGAAGAUGGCGACGGAGCAGGAGAAGCACAUGCUGAGGCUGCUCACUCCUCUCGCUAAGCUUUACACUGCAAAGCAGGCUGUUGCUGUGAAUUCAGAAAGCCUGGAGUGUUUCGGAGGACAGGGCUUCAUGGAAGAUACAGGCCUGCCUGUUUUGCUCAGGGAUACCCAGGUGCUACCAAUCUGGGAGGGAACUACUAACAUCCUGUCCCUGGAUGUUCUGCGCUGCAUUCUCAAGAGCCAAGGAAAAGCGCUGGAUGUCUUUUUCUCCACUGCCCAGGCCAAAUUGGAGGCAGCUACCCGACAGUCCGAACUGCAAACUUCUGUGCAAAUAGUUCAGAAUAAUCUGCAAAAACUCAAGCAGUUUGUUCUAAGAAUGGACUCAAAGGGAGAAGCUGAGUGGCAAAUUGCAGCAAGAGACUUUGCCUAUUCUCUGGCAUGGAUCUAUGAAGGAGUCCUUCUGCUGGAGCACGCCACCGGGGCUGGUGCAUCAGCCACAAAUAUCUACGCUGCUCAGAGGUGGUGUCAGGAGGACGACUGCCUUGUGGACAGAGAAGAGAAGGCUGGUUCUUACAGCUCUAAAGCAGUCUCUCUGGAUCAAUCUUUGGUUUAUGAUGGCUAUUCUUCUCUGAGAGGAAAACUGUAGCAAAGAAUUAUGAACGUGAAAGAAGCCAUCUGGGGAAGGACAUGACCUGGAGAAGUGUGCCUCCUAGAGUCUCAAGUUUUCUUUACUGACUUUUCAAAUCAUUCUUGAAGGUAGAAACAGUACUGUAGGUAGAGUGUAAUCACUCAACUUUAAAUAUAGAAUUUAAAGCAAUCUUUCCCAUUUGUUGCUCUCUGAAUGUGCUGGACUUCCAACUCGUACGUCUCACUGGUCAGGCUGUCCACUAGGUGAUGGUAGUUGAAGGAUAACACAUCUGAAAGGGACAGGACCUGGAAAGAUAGCACUACUUUGAUUGUAAAGCUAUACUAACAGAAUCUUGCAGUUCUGAAUAAGCUUCUCUCCCCCAACCUUGGUGUGAACCAGGAAGGGACUAGAACGAGACGUUUUCUCACAUUGCCUUUUGGGCCCCUUCUCAAGGCUCUUUUUAUCUGGCCUUUGCUUUAGUAGUGCCUCAACUUCCUGUUCGUUAAAGCUAUUUCCCCUGCUCUAAGGGGUCAAACAAUUAAUCCAGGCUCAGACCAAGGUAUCUUCAGGAUCCCUUCUCUAGUUUUUUCUUCCAAGUAACAAAUUUGACACUUGGCGUAAUUAAUAAACUAAUUGCUGGCAGCCAGUUCUGUUUAGCAUUAGAGCAAAAGAUACAAACCACAGAGUACGUUGUAAUGAAGCACUCAAAGCAGCUCAAUUUUUUUUCCCCAUUUCAUUUUUGUUUUAAUUGGUACAACAAUGUGAACUAUAGUAACCAAAUGGAGACAACUGGACACCAAAUAAUAGUGCAUUUACUCUUUUAAAAAAUGAUCGGGCUUGCUGAUACUGGACCAGACACAGUUUAGCUUGAUGCAAUAGAUCUUUUCUUGUAGGAUAUA